CUGUAACUAAGUUAUUUAGGCAUUUAUGCAACAGAUGAGUCAGUGUGUAUUUAUUUCUUUUUCAUAUACUUGGACAGAAGCUGCACAGGGUUAUGUCAUAACUGCUUCACACUGUCUGGCCCUUUCUGCCAGUCUCCACCUGCUUUCCAGGCCUGACUGGUUAGUACAUGGCCCUCCAUCAUUCAAGGCUCCUGAGGUCAGAUUGUUAUUUCUGCAAAUGGCAGUUUUGGACUUCGGUAUUUUUUUUCCCUGUUGAGAGAGAGAGAGAGAGAGAGAGAGAGUGAGAGAGAGAUAUAUAAAUUGCAGCAUCCACGUUGGAGCAGCCUCAUUCAACUGGUCUAACCAUGGAGUUCAAAGGAGUGUGUGUGCUGCUGGGAGUACUACUACUGGUGAACUGCUCGUUUCAGCAGACUCCACCAAAGAAGAAGCAAGUGAAAAAAGAUACAACAAAGGAUGCUGCCAUUGAGGCGCUACAGAAACAGAUCAACGACAUCGUGCAAGAGCUCAACCUACUGAAGGAACAACAAGCCCUGCAGACAGUCUGUUUGAAAGGCAUAAAGAUCCAUGGCAAAUGUCUCUUGGCUGACCCUGUGAGAAAAAGCUAUCAUACUGCCAGUGAAGACUGUAACUCCCUGGGCGGUGUCCUCGGUACGCCCACAUCCAGCGAUGAGAAUGACCAGCUCAGAGAUUACAUCCGCCAGAGCAUCGGCCCAGAUGAGCAGAUCUGGCUGGGCAUCAACGACAUGACGACUGAGGGCACCUGGGUGGACCAGACCGGCUUCAGCCUUAUAUACAAAAACUGGGACACGUCCAACAACCGAUCCCCUCAGCCGGACGGUGGCCAGUUACAUAACUGCGCCGUCCUGUCCGGGGCCGCCCGUGGGAAGUGGUUUGAUGAGAACUGUCGUGAGGAGAAGCCCUCCGUCUGCCAGUUCAACAUUGUUUGAUCACCUUUAUCUCAUCAUAGACUGCGCAUGGUUAUAGCUGCUUUCACUGUGUGCUCUUGCUGCAAUGCCACUCUGCCUGCUAUUCUAAAAGGAGUUUUAAACCAGUGGUUCUCAGCUGGUUUUGCAUCGGGACUAAAUUCUGAUCUAGGAGUCAGUCAGUUUGCAUGGGACAGCGAUAUUUGUUAUUUUUGACUAAAGUGAUCUGGUGAUAUGUCAUUUGCAGCAUUCCUUGUGGUCACAAUACAACCAGGAAGAACAGUUCAAUCUAUAAUAAGUGAGAGAUUGUAGGACAUCAUCUCCAAAGGAAUCCAUGAUUUCUGCCUUCUCUUUAAAAACAAAAACAAGAUAAUUUUUCCAAUAAUUUCAAAACAUAGCUUUAUAUCGGAUGUUCAAAAGGUGUGUGUAGUUGCUGGCACCUUUCACAAAUGUAAAAACUGGGUGUAACUUUCCAUUAUUUCCACACAUCCACACCUCAAUUACAGCAGCUCCAUGACUCACUGGUUGAGAACCACUGGUUUAAACUCAGGCAUCCCUUUACAACUAGCCUACUGUAUUUUAAUGACAAGACUCACAUGGAGCCAGAAUUAUAAGUGAUAUUGCAUUAACAGAAAAAAAUAACUACAUUCUUUCAAGAGAUUAUUUCAGUUUGCUGGUCUUGUAGUCUCCUAUAACGUCUAGCCAGAUGUAACCUGAAAAAUCAAUAAACUAUGAAAACCCA